UUGGUGUUAAGAUCAAUAAUUUUCUCCGAUAAUUGUUAACAUGGCCGGCUCGCUAUAUCGGGCUGCCGCAAGGGUUAGGAACAUCUCAGGCCAUCUAAAGGGACUUGCCCGUCAAUCAUUGCCACUGGGGAGGAUGGCAUGUUAUGCGACAAACGCUGGAGUAGAAUCUUUAACCACUGAAGUAGAAGGCUGCACGAUUCACUAUGAGAAAGUGGGAAAUGGUGACCACACGGUCCUGCUUCUUCCAGGAGCUUUGGGUUCUGCCAGGACAGACAUGGCCCCACUGAUCGAGAAGCUGAACCGUGAUGCAUUUACAGUGAUUGCUUGGGAUCCGCCUGGCUAUGGGAAAAGCCGACCCCCAGCCAGGGAAUGGCCGAAACGAUUCCUUCACAGAGAUGCCAACUAUUGUGCCAAGUUCAUGGAGCAAAUUGGUCACGAGAAAUACUCCGCAGCGGGUUGGAGUGAUGGCGGGAUCACUGCACUGAUCCUGGCCUCGGCGAACCCUGACAACAUGCGAAAACUAGUUGUAUGGGGAUCGAAUGCCUAUCUUACUGCUGAAGAAAUUAGUUUUUAUGAAGGCAUUAGUGAUAUAAGCAAGUGGAGUGAGAAGAUGAGGAAUCCCUAUAUUGAAGUCUAUGGUGCCGAAUACUUCCAGGAACACUGGAGAAAAUGGAAGGAUGCAUUCCUUGUAUACUUCAUGGAACACAAAGGAAACAUCUGUAUGGAUGACCUACCGAACAUAGACUGCCCAACCCUGAUAGUUCAUGGGCAGAAGGACCCUCUUGUACCGCAGUUCCAUCCCGAUCACCUGGUCAAAAAUAUCAAGGGAUCGAAAUUGAUCAACAUGCCAGACGGCAAACACAACCUUCACUUGCGAUACGCUGAUGAAUUCAACAAAAUACUGGAAGAAUUUCUCUUGGAAUGAAUGCAAAGGACUUUUCUUCGUGGUAGUGCGUGGUGCCAUAAAGCUACAUGUGCCCCGAGAGGGUUACCAGUUAGAUUGGGUGACUAACUUAGUGUCAAUCAUCAGUGCUGUUUAUGUACAUUUUUAGUACAUGAAGUCUAGGUGACCGUAAGUGAAACAUGUACAUUUCUCCUGUGACUUUGCUGCCUUUGGUCUUGAUGUAAAACACAACCUUAAUUGUAUUAAUGUGUAUAAUUUCGAAGUCUAUUAAACUGUCGUCUGCUCGAA